GAGAGAGAGAGAGAGAGAGAGAGAAGGAGAGAACAGAAACAAGGAGCACUUCUGCCUCUGUUGCUUACUGGAUCUCCCUGAGCACAGCUGUCGGGGCUGCUUCUGACUGCGAGUGGAUCCCCUCGCACACAGUCUCUGCAAGAGAGUGUCUGAGUGCGUAGAGUAUCCCAGUGUCUAUACGCACAAGUCUGCUUUUUUUAAACUGUUCUAGUAAUGCUGUUGCCACAUAGGUGAAGGUUUAACCAGCUCCACUCUGGACUUGACUUAAUGAUCCCCAGCCAUCUCUGGCAUCCCCUCUCAUCAUUAAGAUGGGAAAUGCCUCCGAAACAUUUCUGCUCCUGUCCAGAAUAUCGAAAGACAGUGACUUCCUCAUGGGAACUAUUUACACCAUUUUCGGUGUGCUGUCAAUGCUGGGAAAUGGGAUCCUGCUGUUCGUGGCCUAUAGAAAGAAGUCCUCCCUGAAGCCUGCAGAGUUAUUUGUGGUUAACCUGGCCAUCAGUGACAUGGGUAUGACCCUUAGCCUGUUCCCAUUGGCUAUCCCUUCAACCUAUGCUCACAUGUGGCUGUUUAAUGAGACCACCUGUACUGUCUACGCCUUCUGUGGGGUUUUGUUCGGCCUGUGCAGUCUGACCAACCUCACGGUGCUCUCAUCUGUCUGCUGGCUCAAAGUCUGCUGCCCAAACUAUGGUAACAAGUUCUCCUACUGCCACGCCUGCCUGCUGGUAGCCGGGAUCUGGUGCUAUGCUGGCAUUUUUGCUGUGGGUCCCCUGUCGGGCUGGGGAGGGUAUGGCGCUGAGCCUUACGGUACAGCAUGCUGCAUCGACUGGCAUGCGCCCAGCCAAAAUUCUGCAGCUAUGAGCUACAUCAUUUGCCUCUUCUUCUUCUGCUACAUCGUGCCCUGCACUGUCAUCUUUCUGUCCUACACGUUCAUCCUGCUGACCGUCCGAGGCUCACGACAGGCUGUGCAGCAGCACAUGUCCCCGCAGAACAAGAUCACCAAUGCACAUGCACUUAUCAUUAAGCUUUCAGUGGCAGUUUGCAUCGGUUUCCUGAUGGCAUGGAGUCCAUAUGCCAUCGUGUCCAUGUGGGCUGCUUUUGGAAACCCAACAACUGUACCACCUAUGGCUUUUGCCUUGGCAGCUAUAUUUGCAAAGUCCUCCACCCUUUACAACCCUAUAGUCUAUCUGGUCUUCAAGCCAAACUUCCGUAAGUCCCUGUGCAGGGAUGUGGCCCUGUGCAGGAGGUCACUCUGUGGAUGUCUGUGUCCGCACAGCUCCACACAGAAGGGAACUUGCAUGCCGUCCCAUCACAAAGAAGAGUGCAACUCCACAAGGUUGUCAAAUGGGCUGCCCGAGAACCACGGGACCUGCAGACACUGUCCUUGCCCUGAAACAGUCACUGGUACCAGAGAACACUUUACAGACGAAAGCCCCUUGAAAACUGCCAGGAUACUUAAAGGAUCAGUACACACUGAGGUGGCUGUGAGUCAGCUCUCCAACGAGAUGCAGAGCGACUUCCUCUAAAUACACAUGAGCAACUGGUCAAAAAGGAGAUGAAAAAACAAGAGUAAUGGAGAGAAAGACAGCAAGAAUGAAAGACACUUAUGGAAAGUUCGCAACAAGGGAAAACAAAACAUUAAGAUUGAUUGAAGGAAAACAAUGUUUUAACACUGAAGGUCAGAGUUUAAAAACCAAGAACUUUCUCAUGCCUCAAAUAUGUGACACUGCCAUAAAAAAAAAAAAAAAUGACCACAGACUUAGUAGCCAAUACAGGAGGAUAAUCAAGCCAAACAGGCAACAUGCAACCAGAAGUGUACAUCAAUAUUUCAUCAGGUAAAUUUAACCUGCGUCAACAACUAUCUGAUCACUUUGACUGAUCAACAUUUACAAAAUAAGGCAAAGAAUCCAUGGAAUCUCAGAUGCAAUUUAAUUCCAGCAGGAUUUUGAUGGAGAAGCUGAAAUGUCACUUUCUACACCCUAAACUACCUUUUAUGUAUUUAUUACAAGCACUGUAUUUAAAGAUGUAUUUGAUUUGAUCAUUAUUUAUGAAUGCAUGCCUCAAAUUGAAGGACCACAGGGUUAUUGUUGCCUCAACAUUUAUCUCCAUUAAGUAAACCUAAGAGGUGUUGGGAAAAAAAUGUAAAGUAAGGAUUUGGCUAAGCACGGCCAUCGUUACAUGUGUUGAAAUGAACAAGGACAUUCUUCAAUACAUCCACGAGGGGUGUGCAUUGAUUCUUCUGCAAAGACAAAGUGCCAACAUGA